AUGAAAAAAGAUUCAAUUUAAAUUUAAGAAUAAGAGCUUAAUGCCUACUUUUUAAACACUACAACCCUUACAGAUAACUAAUUGAAUGAGUCUCUGCUUAUCAGUGAUUUGAACAAUGUAUAAUAAGAUUCUAUAAAUUUGAUGUAAGAUCUAAAUAACUACUCACCAUAAUCACCUCAACAAAAAUUGGAUGAUUCACACAAAGUUCCUUUUUUAUGUCUAAAAAGCUAAAACCAAAGCAGCUAUUUUACUAACUAAUCAACUUAAAUAUCUAUGAGCAAUGAACAGUAAGAUUAACAUGAGUAGUAUGAUGAGUACAAAGCUCCAAAACUUGUAAAAACCUAUUCUAAAAACAAAUACUACAAUCACAUAAAUCAACCAAUUCAUGCAUUCAGUGUGUAAUACUAGAAGUUUAUGAGCUAAUAAGAAAUAUAGGAACAAAACAACAGAGGUCCUUGGCAUUUAGAUUGUAUAAAAUGCAUUUAAUACUUUGGUAUUGUCUUAUGUAUAAUAAUAGCAGCUAAUUACCUAUUCUAAUUUCUAUUUAAUUUAUUCGAAGGAUAAGAAUAAAAUGAUUGA